GGUUGAAUCCCAAAUCCAGCAUUAUUCCAUCGUGCACUAUACGGCGUGUGAACGGAAUGUUUUUAGACUCCAUGUAGUGCACUACAAAUCCAAUUUAGGAUCGAGCCACAAAUCUGGAAAUGGCUGCAGCGAGAGAGUUUUUAUAUGUUGGCGUUUUCUUUUUCUCGUUAUUUUGUAUUGUAUCGUGGAAGUUUUCAAUAAUAGGUGUGAAGGAUGCAGUGAAGUUAGCAGGUCGUGGGCUGUUGAUACUCGGUGUGUUGACUUGGAUGAGCUCUUGCUUGUACCCCAAACUGAAAUCUUACCUGUGUCCAGCGACCCCACCGUCAGUGGAAGGUCCUGCUGAAGAUGCACACAGUAUACUUAAACAGAAGAAAGCAAGAAGGGAACAACAGCAUCAACACAGUGUUAAGUCAGACAAAUACCUCGAGGCAGUCGUGAAGCCCCGACAGGAAGCAGUGCUCAGGAAGAAAGAGGAAGACUUCUAUCGUGUGACGGGACAAACCUGGAAACUUAGCCAGGGUUUCACACUAGGAGGGGAGGAACAGACGAUGGCAAACACAGAUGGCGACGAUGAGACUCCUAACCAGAGGGCCGCAAGGAAGCGGAAGGAGCUAGAGGCACCGAAUCAGGCUCCUGUCCUAACACGACUGCCGAAAGAAAAAAAGAUCAUAACCUUACCUGAUGAACCUUCAGAAGACACUAAUGGGGUUGUAAAAAUUGCUCUGAGAUGUCCCAGUGGACGAACAGUCCGAAGAAGGUUUUUUAAAACUUGCAGAUCUACAGUCCUUUUAGACUGGUUGCACAAGUCUGGAUACUCUCCCACUCUUUAUGCCUUGUACAUGUACCCCAGGAGGCCACUGCUCACACGAUCAGACCUCAGUAUGGAAGAUGUCGGGAUCAGCGCGCACACCACUCUUAACGUGGAGGAAAAAGACCCUCCCACAUGUUAAUACCAUCCUCAGGUCUUUGUGAAGGUUUUCAGCAAUUCAGUAGUUGAAUCGAGGCACCUGGACCUUUUAUGAUGAAAUAUUAGAUCUAUUAGACACAGUUAAAUAGAUGUCAGUCACAUCUGGUUCUGUAUCAUUUUAACACCUUCUGUAUUCUUUAUUGUAGCAAAAAAUCUAUAAGGAUGAUUCAUCUAUAUCUUAAGGACGAUAUUGAUAUUAUGUGACGAUAUUGAUACAGUACACUGUAAUAUGCUUUUCAGUACUUUUAUAGCACUUGCUGACAAUUUGUUAGCAAACCUUAUAUCCCUUCUGAAAGUAUUUCAGUUUUCAUUUCCAGAAAUUUAGAUGUGUUAUCUAGAUAACACAUCUAAAUCUAGAUGUGUUAUCUAGAUAACUGUGAAAUCUAGAUGUGUUAAACAACUUAGAACUCUGGUGGCAGAUCACCCAGUUUGUAGGUGAGCAAUAGUAUUGGAACAGGUAGUCUUUAAGUAAACAACACUUAAUAUUUGGUGCAUAUCACAUGCUUGCAAUAACUGCAUUAAGUUGGUGACCCAGUGACAUCACCAAACUGUUGCAUUCUUCUUUUGUGUUGAUUUUCCAGGCUUGUACCACAGCUUCUUUAAGUUUUUGUUUGUUUUGGGGGGGGGGGGUUCUCCCUUCAGUGUCCUCUUCAGGGGGUGAAAUGCAUGUGCCAUUGGGUUAAGAUCUCAUUAUUGACUUGGCCAGUCUAAAACAGUUCCACUUUUCAACCUGAUGAAGUCCUUUGUUGAGUUGGCAGUGUGUUCUGGAUCGUUGUUUUGCUGCAUGAUGAAGUUCCUCCUAAUUAGAUUGGAUGCAUUUUUCUGUAAAUUGGCAGACAGGAUGUUUCUGUGGACUUCUGAAUUCCUUCUGCUGCUCCCAUCAUGAGUUACAUCAUCAAUAAAGAUUAGAGAGUCUGUUCCAGAAGCAGCCAUGCAAGCCCAAGCCAUGACACUACCUCCACCAUGCUUGACCAAAGAGCUUGUGUGUUUUGGAGGUCUUGUUUCCAUGUCUGGUUGUUAAUACACCAGUGGUUUAUUUUAUUUUCAGGACAUUCCAAAAUGUUGUAUUGGCUAUAUCCAAUGCUUAUGUAAUGACUCUGAUUUCCCCUCUUUUCUCAGUGUCAAAAUGGCUUGCUUCUGUCCCAUAUACAGCUCUCUGGUGUUCAUGUUGGCUUAUCCUUUGUAACAAAUGCAGCCUUCACAGGCAAAACCCAGGGCUCAAAGCAGGAGUAGAUAAUCAAAUCUGUUAAUUGUUUAAACAGUCAAUCUGACAGGGAUAUCUGGGCCCUACAAAACACCUGUCGAUCACAUUACAAUAUUUUUUGAUAAUUUGAGAAACGAGUGGGUUCCAACAAAAGGUGCCAUAUUCCAAGUUGUUUAACACGUCUAGAUGUAAAGAUCAGGAAAGGAAAGUGAGAUUCUGAUCUAGUGUCUUAUUCAGCCUUUGAUCUCAAAUCCAAAUGUAUAUGUAGACCAAAAAUGAAAGAAUUGUCCUUGCUGUUUUAAUACUUUGAGAGGACUGUAAAUAACGUAAUAAAUACUGUGGAUCAUGUC